AUAAAACCCGAACCCCGCCAUUCCAUUGCCGGAAACCGCGCCUUGUGGACGAUCACUUUUGGAAACGUCUCUCAGUGUGUGACGUGCCAGUCGUCGUACCACAAAUAAUUACAGCCCCAGAAGCAAAAUGCUUUCGCCACAUCGAGGCGGCAAGGAAAGCGAGGCGGCAGGCAAAAAACAGGGCAAAACGGGGAAGAGUCACUCGGAAAGGGAGCCUCGCGGGGGCGGCGACAAGACAGGCCACCAACAAUCCACAUCGCAUCAACAGGAGGCACCAAGUGAUGGUCUGGAGCUGUCAAAUGAGGGUCAAGGGGAACCCGAAGACGACGGUCUCGGCAACAACGAGACAAACUAUCAUUUCGACUGGCGAAAUGAUGGCAGUGCCAACGAUCAUGCAACAGGCACCGGAGCGUCACAGUGGUCGGCGUGGAAUGGAGAGUGGGAUGUGCAAUAUUCCUUGAAGGGAGAAGGACCGGAGCCCGGAAAUCCCCCAAGUUCGGUAUCACAUGCCAGCAAGCCUCCAUCCAAAGGCAAGCAACACGAGCCUCGACAGAGGCACAUUGAAAAACAUACCGAGGCGCCCCCUGAGGAACCUUCGUCGUACGACCAGUCAGCCGGGGCGAGCGCCUCGCCGAAUGUUGUACCUCACGGAUAUUACGGAGAGCCGUACCAAUAUGACGGUCAACUGCUAGAUCAAUUUUCUCAGGUGUCUCUCUACGGUGAUCCCACAACUCAGGACGAUUAUGUGCCUGCACUUGGCUACGAGGGAGGAAGUGGUGAUUAUGAUGCACUCUAUAGGCAUGGCGGACAACAAGCAGAACCUCCUGUCAGGGAGGAACCCGAGUCUGUGAGUCGUCGUUUACCAUUUCGCCUCUCGAGGUGCACAUCGCUCACUACAGAGGCAGAAGUAUGAUGUGUCCUUGCACUUCAAGAUGAAACUGAAGGAGAAAUGGAAGGACGCCCGGGGGAUGUUCGACACCGGGAACCGGGCCGGAUCCCUUAUUCUGUGUGACACCGUCUUUAGUCUGGGUUACCGUCACGAAGACAUCGACUUUAGCCGCAUGAUGGCCC